GAGAGGCGUCGGCGAUCCACCAGUAUAUAAACCAACGGUCGGUGGUACAGAGCAUCACACAACCACGACACCUCCGUGAGUCAACAUGAAAGCGUUCUUGGUAUUAGCUGCCGUUGCGGCACUCGGCUCGGCUAGACCCGAGGCGGGAUACAGUUACAACGCGCCCGGAGGCGGUGGUGGCCAUGGACACGGUGGCCUCGGAGGCCUCAUCGGAGGCGGUGGGCUCGGUGGCGGCCACGGAGGAUUCUCCUCUGGUGGACUGAGCUCCAGCAGCUUCGGAGGCAUCGGCGGUGGUAGCGGUGGUGGAUUCUCCUCUGGAGGAUUCUCUGGUGGAUUCUCAUCCGGCGGCGGCUCUGGCUUCGGUGGAGGCUCUGGCUUCGGCGGAGGCUCCGGCUUCGGAGGAGGCGCCGGUUUCGGCGGCGGCGCUGGCUUCGGCGGUGGCGCUAUCGUUCAGAAGCACAUCUACGUCCACGUCCCACCCCCAGAACCCGAAGAACAGCGUGCUCCCAUCGUAAGCGGUGGAGGAGUUCCCCAGAAGCACUACAAGAUCAUCUUCAUUAAGGCGCCCGCUCCUCCCGCACCCGUCGCACCCAUCAUCCCCGCCCAGGCUCAGAACGAAGAGAAGACCCUCGUCUACGUGUUGGUCAAGAAACCCGACGAACAGCCCGACAUCACCAUCCCCACUGCUGCUCCCACUCAACCCUCCAAACCCGAAGUUUACUUCAUCAAGUACAAGACCCAGAAGGAAGGUGGUGGCGCUAUCGGAGGCGGCUCUGGCAUCGGCGGUGGUAUCGGUGGUGGUAUCGGCUCUGGUAUCGGCGGUGGUAUCGGCGGUGGUAGCAUCGGCGGCGGCAUUGGCGGUGGUAUCGGCGGUGGCUCCAUCGGCGGUGGUAUCGGCGGUGGUCACGGUGGCUCCAUCGGUGGUGGACACGGUGGCUCCAUCGGAGGUGGUCACGGUGGCUCCAGCGGUGGUGUCAGCUCCUCGUACGGCCCCCCCGGUCAGUCCGGCCCUUACUAAAAGGUGCGACGGGCGCGCGCAAUUGUGAUACCUGCUCUGCCGGCGACAAACUUAGUUUUAAGUAGAGAAAAAAUUACGGUGCCUAAAUGUAUUUAUGUAAAUAGUAAUUUUAAUGUACUAUAAUUCUAGUUGUAUUAUAAAUUCUUAUUUUUGCAUAAAAAGUUUAAA